UUUCCCCUGAGGUUUUUCUUGACGCCAAUACUUGGCAUGUAUGCAUGCGGCAGCAUGACGAAGAUGGAAAAGUAAGAUUGGGAUUCAAAUAAUUGCGAUAAAGUCCUCUGUCUCGCCACCGCAACCAUCUGCCGUCUCGAUCUACUCAUAUUAUAGCAAAUAAUUUAGCAACAGCGCUUAAACGGGUCAAUUGCCUUAACACGAGUACCCUCAGACAUAUUUAUAGACCAACAAUCAAGCUCCAUAAUUUGGAAAUGGAGGAGGGGUUAACUGCGAUUGAUUAUCCAUGGGUUCCCUACGACGAAUGGAAUAACAGUAAUCCAAGAAACAUAUCCCCACCGGCGUCGGUUUCAUCGCCAUCUACCACUACAAACACAACACCAGAAAGUGUCGAACGACAUCCCCCCACCUGCAAAUGUGAGCCCAAAGACCUCGCAGCCUCAAAAUUACAAAGACGAAGAGAGCAAAACCGCACAUCCCAACAAAAGUUCCGCGAGAAGAUUCGAAAAGAUUACGAAGCCGUAGUACAAGCUUUGGAAGCAGAACGACAGAUGUCAGCCCGCUUACGGGACGAAGUAACUGCGCUGCAUUCCACGAUAGAGUGUCUAGCGAAAGGCAACCAGAAUUGCCUUGAGACGAUUUCGAGGUUGUGUAUGAGUGGGUUUAUAAGGAAAGGGGAGGGACAGGCGGAAAUAGAUAGCUAUGGACAGCUUGUGUGUGAGAGCUUUUUGCCAAGGAUGGUGGAUGGGAACGGGAUGGAGAGUAUUUAGGAUAUGUUGAUUUGCGAGGUAGCUUAGCAAGGAGUUUUGGGGGGAGGAAAUUUCUG